AGUCCAUGGAUUACAGUUGCCGACGUCGUGCAAUCAGUAAACGUCUAGAUUUCAUCUCUUCUUUCAGAAAUCAUGACAUUGGUCGAUGAUUUCCCGAGCUCAAGCCGGAACAGAUAAAUCUUACAAUGCUGAAACCAAUAUGUUUCACGUCCUUCCGUCCGAGUAAUUUUAAUUGGACUCGGCGCCGACAUCUCAUGCCGGGGCUGGAUUGCUGCAGAAUGCUGCAAAGGGCUUUUGUAUCAAAGCCUCGUGACGCGAGCAGACAAAUUCUCGUCGGCAGUCGACUCCGGGUAUCGUGUUCGACCUCAACCGAGCAUCCAGAUAAAGCCCGGGGAGGUUUACCUCGGUUUCAUGUAGACGAGAUUCCCAAGUGCGAGGGGGUGGUCGCAAAAUUGGACGACGAUGAAUUUUGGCACAUGACGAAAGUUUUGAGAUUGAAGGUGAACGACAGAGUGGAGCUGUUUGAUGGGAAAGGAGGAAUCGUAGUCGGGCGUUUGGUGAAUGUAAACCGUCAUAAUGCCGAAGUUGCGGCAAUCGAGGAACCUCAAAUCAUGGCCCCCGCAGGACCAAACUGGCAUGUUGCUGCUGCUUUUUCCACUCUGAAAGGAGGGCGGGGCGAAUGGCUCGUGGAGAAAUGUACGGAGCUCGGAGCUAGGACUCUCACUCCUUUGUUGACCGCGAGGUCGUCUGUCAAGUCGUCGGGGCGCUCGGACAGGUGGGAGAGGAUUGCCAUGGCUGCGACCAAACAGUCUCAAAGACUUCAUUCGAUGGAGAUCAAACGUCCGGCUUCCUUACAAGAGCUUUUGCCUCAAGUUGCCCACGUAGAUGUAGCUCUCGUUGCGGCCGCAUAUGCUCCUCCUCUUUAUAAAUCGCUCGCACUGCUACCCAGUACGCCCAUGAAUGGAAUUCUUUUUAUCGGGCCCGAAGGAGAUUUCACUCCCGAGGAGGUCGAGCUUUUGAUCCAGGUCGGCACUGUACCUGUUGGUUUAGGACCACGACGGUUGAGAGUAGAAACCGCAGCUGUGGCUCUGCUCGCCGGGGUUAUGCUAAUGGGUGACGUAGUUAAUCCCAUCUCGAGACAUUCAGGAACUAUUUCCUUGGCUCACGCUGAGUGAGAUGGCUCAGUGUUGUGGAAUUCUUUCCAGUCCUUGUUGACGAGGAUUCGAUGUGCUGGAAUCUAGACCGGAGAGUUGGUCACUGUCGUGAGCUACUUCAUUACAGUCUCCAGGUAGGAGUUUCAGCACCGGGUACAUGUAUUCACAUACUGUGAAUUCUUGACGUCAAAGGUGAAGGUGCGACAAGUCUUUUGCUAUAGAUUGUUUAGAAAUCCUUCAGUACUCAGGUCAAUCAGUCUGGAAUGUGAAUCCGGGCACCCGAAGCUGAAGGUACAACCUGAAGACUAUAGUAUGGCGAUUGCGUUCCGUAUCCAGCUACUGUUCAUUCUCCAUUUUUUCAGCUUCCGAAUGCCACAGGAGAUUCCUGAUUGCCAACGUACUUAAAGGUAGGUUCAGUUCAGUCGAUUGGAAGAUUCCGAAGAAAGAUUGUGGCAGUCAGUUUACAUUGUCUUCGAGAAGCAAAUGUUUCUGAAGGGAUACAUAGCCGUCGAUGACUUUUGCUUGUUGUACAGCUCGCAGGAAACAAUUGUAGUGGCCCUAACAUGUUCAUUUUUGGUCUGUGUUCCUGUCUGUAAUUGUAGCAUCAUUGAAAGUAAAGCCCACUACCCAGUUUCAAAACCCUUGAAACUGAAAGGUAAUCAAUUAUUCUCU